AUCGAGCUAUCAACAAAUACCUCUGGCAUCGGCAGUGCAGAUAAUCGUUACUCCGAUGAGCAAGUUACCAACGGAGAUGAUGUAUUAGACAAACGUGGUAGUGUCAACUCGAAUGAAACUGCAGGAAGUGGUGGUGGCAGUAGCGGUAGUCAUAGUGAUCGGAAACGCGCACUUCCUAAACAUCAACGUCCAUUGACACGAUAUUUACCAAUUUUCUCACCGGAUUUAAAUUUACGCCAUCAUAUCGAAUCAGCUGGACACCAGAUUGCGCUCUGCCCUCAUGUAUUUGUAGAUGCGCACAGCUGUAGGGGAUAUUUACAUAAGUUGGGUGCUACUUUUCAUGGUUGGGCGCGACGUUGGUUUGUACUCGACCGUCAACGUAAUGCCUUUAUUUAUUAUUCUGAUAAGUCAGAACGGAAGCCGAGAGGAGGCGCAUACUUUUCGACAAUUGAUGAAGUUUAUUUGGAUCAUUUGAACGCAUCUAAAAGUGGUCGCCCACACUGCACUUUCAUUGUGAAAACAAAAAAACGCAGCUAUCAUUUACAAGCAGCUUCAGAUGCAGCUGCACGAAUAUGGAUUGAUGCCAUUAUAACCGGAGCUCAAGGAAACUUAGAUUAUUAGCUUUAAAUUAAAAUAUUGAUGUAAGUUAUCUUGUAAGAAUAGCUAAUAAUUUGGUAAUUAAUUUGUAAGUGUAUCUAAUUAUAUUUUUAAUGAAAUCACAGAUUUCUAUUAAUACUGAACCAAAGCAAAAUUAUAUAAAAUUGUAAAAUGAAUGCAUUACAUAUUUAAAUUUAAUCUUAACAAUAGUUAAAGGCAGCUCAUAGAAAUCGAUCAUAAUUUUAGAUCAUAUAUAACAAUGUAUUAUAAAUAAAAUUGUAUAUUAUCUUUAAGGUUAUAUAUUGUGACGUAAACGGUUUUAAUAAGGAGUUUUGAAAGUUUUUAUAAGGAGUUCUUUUAAAAGGAGUUUCUUUUACUUAAUUACGUAUGCAUAUCUUUAUUUACAUAUAUAUAAGUGUAUGUAUUGUAUAUCUUUCAAUUUUUUUAUAUCAUACUAUUCUAUAUACAUAGAAUACAAUAUAGGUAUUAGCAUAUUCACAAAUUUAACAUAACAAUACAUAACAAAUUUAAUAUAAGUUUUGCUCAACUAUUAACUAUCAGUAAAUAAGAAAUGAUAUAAAUUCGCUACAUAUUCCCCAAGACACUAAGAAAAUGAAAACGAUUGUUACUAGACGCAUGUGCCUUUUUAAUUUGGUUUGCAAUGUGUUUUGAAUAUAUAAGCGAACAUUUAUAAGUUUAUUCUGAAAUGGUUAUUUUA